AUGCACACAAUCUACUCGCGCGUCAACAAUGUCUCUGCGUUCCUCUCCUCGUGUCUCAUGGGUCUCGUGCUUGCCGUGGCUAUCACUUCUGCGCUCUAUCAGACAUGCCAGACUCCGCCCGUAGGCGAACUAGCUGUAAAUAGCGUCAAAGUGCUGCCAGGAAAGGGGAGGUACAUGCGAAAGUAUGGAAGCCGGCAGCAAGAGUUCGCGUUCGUAAACUUCAACCUCACCGCAGAUCUGUCAUCCCUGUUCCACUGGAAUACGAAACAGCUCUUCCUUUACGUGAGCGCAGAAUACACCGAUCAGCAGGGAACCGCCAACGAAGUGGUCGUUUGGGACCGCAUCGUGCGCCGCAAGGAGGACGCGAACAUCUCUUCGACGUUCAUGAACAAAUAUCAUCUCAAAGACAUGAGCACGACGUUCCGAAACGUCCCCCCGGCGCAUUACACGCUCAAGUACAACCUGAUGCCGUACGUCGGCCUGCUCGCGUGGGGCGAAGCAGCGCGGACAUCGCAGCCCAUUCCGUUUCCAGAGCCGCACCAGCUAGCCUGA